GGGGUGCCACUUGGCGGCCAUGGCUGCCGUAGUAUCGGCGGCUCCGGGUCAAAGCCCAGCGGAGUGGAGUAAUAUGGGCAGCACCAGCUAUAGGGCAGAGACAGCUUUGUAUCGGAUUCUCUGCUGAACCCCUAAGACCCUUCGUUAGAGACUUACAGGACUCCUUUCCUCAUUCGAGACUCAAAGGAGAGUUUGCCGGGACUGGUGGGCUGGUCCCAGCCUGGGGGGGAUCACCGGCAGGGUGCCCUAAAGAGCUAGGGGUGCCGGGAGAACGAACAAGUUCGCUUGGGUUUUCCUCCUUUUCCUGCUGCUACCUGCAUCGUUGUCUGUGGAAAGAGUGGGUCCGUUGUGCCACCCUCAUUCCGACCAUAGAAGAUAAUCGUUCGCGUGUUUUCCCCAUUGACUUUUCCCCAUCUCUUUUAACCCACCGGAACCUAGUGACCGGCAUCUGAAAACCCAGGGGCUGGGGACCUAAGGUUGCUGAAAGUUCUCUCUGGUGCUAAUAUCAGCAAAAAGGGGCUGUUCCCAGGUACGUUGAAGAGAAAGGUACCCCGUGAACAUAUCUGCUGUUGGAGAGGACGAAAGAACCGGAAAGCCCCUCCUGUUCUCUUGGAAUCUACACACGCGUUUAAGAACCUUUUGAAACCACUGAAAAUUUGUCCGGUGGUGGUGGGUGAAUAAAGGAGGGCAGAAUGGAUGAUUUCAUCUCCAUUAGUCUGCUGUCUCUGGCUAUGUUGGUGGGAUGUUACGUGGCUGGAAUCAUUCCCUUGGCUGUUAAUUUCUCGGAGGAGCGACUAAAGCUGGUGACUGUUUUGGGUGCCGGCCUUCUCUGUGGAACUGCAUUGGCAGUCAUCGUGCCUGAAGGAGUACAUGCACUUUAUGAAGAUAUUCUUGAGGGAAAACCCCACCAAGCAAGUGAAACACAGAAUGUGAUUGCAUCAGACAAAGCAGCAGUAAUACCAGUUGCCCACGAACAUGAACACAGCCAUGACCACACACAGCUGCAUGCCUACAUUGGUGUUUCCCUCGUUCUGGGCUUUGUUUUCAUGUUGCUGGUGGACCAGAUUGGCAGCUCCCAUGUGCAUUCUACUGAUGAUCCAGAAGCAGCAAGGCCCAGCAAUUCCAAAAUCACCACCACGCUGGGUCUGGUCGUCCAUGCUGCAGCUGAUGGUGUUGCUUUGGGAGCAGCAGCUUCUACUUCACAAACUAGUGUCCAGUUAAUUGUGUUUGUGGCAAUAAUGCUACAUAAGGCACCAGCUGCUUUUGGGCUGGUUUCGUUCUUAAUGCAUGCUGGCCUAGAGCGGAAUCGAAUCAGAAAGCACUUACUGGUCUUUGCACUGGCAGCACCAGUUAUGUCCAUGGUGACAUUCUUAGGACUAAGUAAAAGCAGUAAAGAAGCCCUUUCAGAGGUCAAUGCCACUGGAGUGGCCAUGCUUUUCUCUGCCGGGACAUUUCUUUAUGUUGCCACAGUACAUGUCCUCCCUGAGGUGGGCGGAAUUGGGCACAAUCACAAACCCGACCCCACAGGAGGGAAAGGCCUCAGCCGCCUGGAGGUGGCAGCCCUGGUUCUGGGUUGCGUCAUCCCACUCAUCCUGUCAAUAGGACACCAGCAUUAAAUGUUCAGGUUCCAGCCUCAGUCCAUGGCCGCUUGCCAUCCAGUGAGAACAACCAGCACGACAGCUGCUCAGUUUCUCAGUCUCUUGUCUCACCUUGCCCAUCUCCACCUGUAUUCCUAGAGUCCGGAAGGAGGUGAGAUUAAAACCUGGAUAAUGGAAAGCUUUUAGAGUAGAAACAACGUAUCACGACCGGAUAGAGACAUUCCAUUGUGUUGUCUUUUAAAGGGCCCUGGCAUUUGAAGUUUUGAUGUUUCUCUUAACCCUAUUCUCAGGGAAGAUGGAAUUCAGUUUUAAGGAAAAGUGGAGAACUUCAUGCUCACAAUGAAAUAGUAAUUAUGACAGUACAAUGUUCUGUAAUUAAGUGAAAUCUCUUAGUUUAGAGGCUCUCCCACUUUAUCCAUUGAUUUUUAACAUGGUUCUCACCGUGUAAAACUGGUGCUUUAGCAUCUAUGCCACAUGCCUUGAUAGAAGAUCAUAACGCCUGCUGUCUUAGAUGCUAAAGAUAACUGUAAUUAAUUUGGGGCUAGAGUCGGGAAAAUGAUGGCAAGACACAUUGAAAGUUGACUAUAUACUCGAGAGAGAUCCCCUGCAAAGGGGAUGUCUGGAGGACUUUAACACCUCCUUCUGCGUAUGCCUCUUUGAAGAGAGCCUGCCAUUCCACCAAAUGGAGCAGCAGCAGUGGACUGGCUUCUAAAGAGGUGACUAGUAUUUAGUAGCAUUUCUUUCAAGUUCUCCUUUGCAGAACACCUGCCUCCGACACAUUCUUAUGAGGAGCCAAGUUCUAGUAGGUUCAGGCCUAGGCUUUCCUUCAAGAACAGUCAGAUCCCAAAGUAUCUUUGGAAAUUAAGUGGUGUUAAAUUUUAAGCGAAUAUGGAUAGCUAUUGAUACCUUUGUAAUAACCUUUUUAAAAGUAAGAUUACCAAAACCGAUGUCCUUUGAUUUCUUUUUAAGUAUUUAUCUUAGCAGACCAGCAGUCCCUCUGGCAAAGUAUUUGGUGUCUCUUGGGGGGUGCUCGGUCAGUGUCACCUAAGCACCUGUAGCAGUGAAGAAAGUCAAGAUGUAUCACCAGUGGGAAAUGUUUUCCUGUUCAUUUAAAGCUUAUUGAAAUCAUGUAUUUUGUCUCUUCAUCUUUUCCAUGCUUUUCUCCUAACUUUUCCCUCCAGUCCCUCCUUCCUACAAUUUGCUGCUUACUGCUGGUGGCAAUGUUAGUAUUUGUGUGAGUUGAGUUCUCAUCAGAACAACCACUUCUCGAGCUGUGAUAAUGAAGAUAAUAUUGUCUCCAUUCCUGUUCCCUUCAAUGAAGUUCUUUUGUGUCAAAUGCAGCUUCAUCAAGCCCCUUAAAAUAGCACUUUCUCAGAGAUGACAUGACACAAUCACUAAUAUUCUGGUAACUUAAACAAUUGAGAUAGUAAAAGUGUUUAACAAACUAGGAUGAUUUUUUUCUUUUUUGCCAAUAUCCCUGUAAACCUUAUGUUAACAAACAAGUGUAUAAUAUUGUAGUAUUUAUUUUGAUUUUCUGUACCAUUUCAAAACAUUACAAAAAGAAGGAACCAGACUGUUUUCUUCAGGGCAGUGGAUUUAGGAGUUUGUAAAAUGUUUUAUAUGAUGCAUAUGCCAGCAUGCCUAUGAUUUCUUUAUUUCCUCCCUAGAUUUGUCACUGAGUCAGCAGCUGUGGAAAUAGAACUCGUGAGCCCUCUGCUGGCUGUAGACCAAAGUAGCAGGAAUAGGACUAGGUUCUGUGUAGCGGCUGGCAGCCAUUGCAUACAAUA